AUGCGCGAUGGAGCUCAAGUGGAGGUGCACGACGACGUGCACGCGGCGGGGGAUGUGGAGGAGUGGGUGAACCCCAUGUACGCCACUGCCCAGGAGGAGGAGGAGGAGGAGGAGGAGGAGGAGGAGGAGGAGGAAGAGGAGGAGGAGGAGGAGGAGGAGGAGGAGGAGGAGGAGGAGGAGGAGGAGGAGGAGGAGGAAGAGGAGGAGGAGGAGGAGGAGCGGGACAAGGAGGCACCGGAGGAGGACGACGAUAUGGAGGAGGUGGACGGCGAGGAGGAGGAGGACUUCGCGCCCUCCCUCCCGUCUCCUUUGUGCUCUCCCUCCCGUUGCCUGUCCGCCCUCCUUUCCGUCUCCUUCGCGCUCUCCCUCCCGUUGCCUGUCCGCCCUCCCUCCCUUCGCCUUCGCGCUCUCUCUCCCGUCGCCUGUCCGCUCCCCCUCCCCUCGCCUUCGCGCUCUCCCUCCCGUCGGCGCCCUCCCUCCCGUCUCCUUUGCGCUCUCCCUCCCGUUGCCUGUCCGCCCUCCCUCCCGUCUCCUUCGCGCUCUCCCUCCCGUUGCCUGUCCGCCCUCCUUUCCGUCUCCUUCGCGCUCUCCCUCCCGUUGCCUGUCCGCCCUCCCUCCCUUCGCCUUCGCGCUCUCUCUCCCGUCGCCUGUCCGCUCCCCCUCCCCUCGCCUUCGCGCUCUCCCUCCCGUCGGCGCCCUCCCUCCCGUCUCCUUCGCGCUCUCCCUCCCGUUGCCUGUCCGCCCUCCCUACCUUCGCCUUCGCGCUCUCUCUCCCGUCGCCUGUCCGCUCUCCCUCCCAUCGCCUUAUUGCUCUCCCUCCCGUCGCCUUUCUCCUUCCCCACUUAUCUCCUAUCGCUCACGUCCUCCCCUCCCAUCGGCAUCGCGCUCACGUUCCGCCCUCCCGUCACCAUCGCGCUCACGUGCACCUGUCUUCGCAUCGCCUUCGCGCUCAUGGCCUCCCCUCCGAUCACUGGCGAUGGUGGUGGUGGGGAUGGUGAUGGUGGGGAUGGUGGUGGUGGGGAGGGUGGUGGUGGGGAGGGUGGUGGUGGCGAUGGUGGUGGUGGGGAUGGUGGUGGUGGGGAGGGUGGUGGUGGGGAGGGUGGUGGUGAGGAGUGUGGUGGUGGGGAUGGUGGUGGUGGGGAGGGUGGUGGGGAUGGUGGUGGUGGGGAGGGUGGUGGGGAUGGUGGUGGUGGGGAGGGUGGUGGGGAGGGUGGUGGUGGGGAUGGUGGUGGGGAGGGUGGUGGUGGGGAUGGUGGUGGUGGUGAUGGUGGUGGUGGCGAUGGUGGUGGUGGGAUCGCUGGGGCCGGGGAGGGGGAGGAGGGUUGGGAGGAGGAGGGCACGGAGGGGGUAACGGAGGUGAGGGAGGGGGAGAGGGAGGAGGUGAUGGAGGGGGUAACGGAGGUGAGGGAGGGGGAUAGGGAGGAGGUGAGGGAGGAGGUGAGGGAGGGGGAGAGGGAGGAAGAGAGGGAAGAGGUGGUGGAAGAGGUGGUGGGGAAGGGGGUGGUGGGGGUGGUGAUGGGGGUGGAGGUGAUGGUGGUGGUGGCGAGAGGAGUGGGGGAGGUGGAGAAGAGGGAAGAGGAGGAGGAGAGGGAGGAGGAGACGGAGGAGGAGGAAGGGGGCACGGAGAGUCAUGCAAAACGAGUGGUGCGAAGAGAGGGGUGCAAUGGGAGCGGUACAGAGGGAGGGGUGCAGAGGGAGGGGUGCAGAGGGAGGGGUGCAGAGGGAGUGGUGUUCUCAUUACCAGUCUUGCAUUGCGUGCAGAAGUUGGGGCAGAGAGAGCAGAAGGCGAGCGGAGCAGAAGAGGAGGCGAGGAGGGAUGUGAGAGAGGGAGUGCAGGCAGAAGCAGGAGAGGGGCACUCCAUGCCCUCGCUGAUGCUCCUGUUGUUGUGGGGGGGGGGUUGGGUGAGGAGGAGUGAGGGGGGAAUGGGAAACAGAAUAAACACUGAAGGGAUGGUGAGGAGAGGGGCAUUCCAUGCCGUCGCUGAUGCUCCUGUUGCUGUGUGGGAUGGGAGAGGAGGAGUGAGGGGGAAAGGGGAAUAG